UCCGGGUUCAGCUUUUAUUCCCGCUUUAAACAUGAUUACUGAGAAAUGAGAAAUCCCGCUUGUUUAGGUAAGCAUGGUUUGGUUAACUCAAAACUCAUCUCUCAAAAAUAACCUCCUAAAGACAAAAGUACAUCUGAUGGACGGUACUGAUCAUUACAAUGACCCGACAUAUUUACAUGUUAGUCAUAUCAACAAAGAUCGCGCCGAUCAAAAAAUGAAGAAAAAACGACCAAGGAACAAAGAGAAAAGCAACAAAAAAGAAAAACAAUGUGGAUUGAAAAAACAACGUUUGGGCGUGGUCGUCCUGUUGUUGUCUAUGUGUGUUAACAUCAUACUCGGGAUUGUAUUGGUGCUGUCGAUACCGAUAUAUGGAAUGUCUCAUAAGUCCAUCCUGGAAGUCUUGGACGUUUCAGAAGAUCUCAGCACGUGUGUUUGCGUCUUGUGUUCAAGUCUUGGUAUCAAUGCCGAGGAUGGGGCGAUGAAUGGACGGAAGGAUGUCAUUGUCAUCAACAUGUCACAACACUCCUUCUGUUGUCUCAGGAACACUGGCUAUUUGCAAACACUAAUUACAGUGUUUUCAGCUCAGUUCGGGGACCAUGAAGAUAUGGCAAGGAAUGACACCAAACCGGUGUUAACAGUCCCGCAGCAAAUCAAACAUGGCGCUCACUUAUUUCUGGAUAGAAGUUAUCUGAAAGAUGACAAGCUGGUCUGGACCACUGAUUUUGGGUACGGGUGUGCAUACAUUGGACACGGCAUGGCGAUGGACAGCGGGAGAUUACAGAUCAAACAAGAUGGAAGAUACUUCCUCUACUCCUUCUUCACGCUAAAAACUCGCGAGACUACCAACGAGAGCCAUAACGCUCUUCACACAGUCACCCGUUAUAACCCAAGGUUUCCAGAGCUGAAGAACCAGCUUCUCCUGUUUAGCAAACAAAGUCUCGCGAGAGAAAGCGAGAAGUUCGCCACGACCUAUCUCGGAGCGUCAUUGGUUCUGAGGAAAGGAGAUGAAUUGUGGGUACGAGCUGAACCCGUUUCAGCAGUGUAUGCUUUCGCACCAUCUAACUAUUUUGGCCUGUUCAAGCUAGACAGCUGACUGUUUAGAGUUUAAGACCUUUCCGGUAAUCGCACACGGGGCACAUCAUGAGACAUAAGAAUAAAUAAAAAUGCAAUAUUAACGGUAUGUCCCCAAAUUAACGAUUUAAUUGUUUUUAUUAAAAACUAAUGUGGAAAAUCCUCUUCAAGAAUUAAUUUUAAAUUUCCGUACAAUUUUCGGGAUAAAACAUACAGCCGAGUUAAAAAAAUGAGACACAUAAUUAGUUUAAUAUGUUUUUAAAAUUCCCUUAUUAAUAAAUAUCAGUUGCGUACACCAAACAAGAACAUAUUAUGUAAUUAUGCGAUUUACACAUGAACAAUUCUACCACAUGUUUAUGUUUAUUAAACAUGAUUAAUUA